AUGAGUGAGGAGGCAGCUUUCGAGCAGCUCCGCUGCCCGGGCUCCGAUGGAGAGGAAGACGACGCGGAGGAAGAGCUCGACGUCUCGGGCGGCCGGGCACUGCUCCGUCGACAGGAGGCGUCCGCGAGCCGCGCCCGAGCCGGCCAGGCGCCAGGCGGCGGCGGCGGCGGCGGCGACGCGGCGGCGGCGGCAAAGGCGCUGGCCAAGCCGCCCUACUCGUACAUCGCGCUGAUCACCAUGGCCAUUCUGCAGAGCCCGCGGCAGAAGCUGUCGCUGAGCGGGAUCUGCGCCUUCAUCCGCGACUGCUUCCCUUACUACGGCGAGCGCUUCCCCGCCUGGCAGAACUCCAUCCGCCACAACCUGUCGCUCAACGACUGCUUCGUCAAGGUGCCCCGCGAGCCCGGCCGCGCGGGCAAAGGCAGCGACUGGAGCCUGCACCCGGCCGCGCAGGGCAUGUUCCGCCACGGCAGCUUCCUCCGGCGCAGGAAGCGCUUCAAGCGGCCCCCGCUGCCUUCGCCCGCGGCCCCCGUCGCCGGGAUCCUGCUCUUCCCGCCGCCGGGUGUCCCCCUUAUCCGCGCAGCGCCCUGCGCUCUGCCGGACUGGCCACUGCCACUGCCGCCGCCGCCGCCGCCGCCGCGGCCCGAGAGAGCGGGGCCGCUUGGCUCCUUGCUGCCCGCCGGGAAGCGGCCCCCGGGGGCGCCGAAGAGGCCUGGCGCGGAGGGGGGCCUUCGCCGCGGCCCCCGCAGCUGCUCCUUCAGCAUCGAGAGCAUUCUGAGGGGCCCCUUGGCCGCCCCCUUCGCCUCGCCGAUCCAGCCGCAGCCACGACCCACUUUGCUGCCAUUCUUCCCGGCCUCGAAGCGGACCUCGCGGCCUCCGCAGCUCUCCUCGCGAUCCCCACCCGAGGAAGGGCAGCCGCUUUCUGAAGCCACGCGCCCUUCUCCAGCAGCACUUGAGCCCCGAUCGCCGCUGAAUGAGGCGAGCGGUGCAGCUCGGAUUGGAGCCUGA